AUGAACUCAAAUGCUGAAGCUGCUCAUGCAUCUACAAAAAGCAAUAUAAGACGUAGUAUAAGUUCCCUGUUUAAUGACAGACGUGGUGUUGUGCUCCCAGGGUUCAAGGCGGAGUGGCUGGCAGUGAAGGAUGAGCACCUGUACGUGGGUGGCCUGGGGAAGCAGUGGACCACCACCACUGGGGAGGUGGUGAACGAUAACCCCCAGUGGGUGAAGGUGGUGGGUUUCCGGGGCAACGUGGAGCACGAGAGCUGGGUACCCCAGUACAACGCCCUGCAAGAGGCAGCAGGCAUCAAGUCCCCAGGCUACCUGAUCCACGAGUCUGGAGCCUGGAGCGACACUCUGCAACGCUGGUUCUUCCUGCCACGGCGCGCCAGCUCGGAGCACUAUGACGAGAAGGCUGAUGAGCGGCGCGCCACCAACUUGGUCCUGCGGUGCUCGCAGGACUUCCAGGACAUCGCGGUGAGCCGCGUGGGGGAGCUACACCCCACCCACGGCUUCUCCUCCUUCAAGUUCGUCCCCAACACCGACGACCAGAUCAUCCUGGCGCUCAAGUCAGAGGAGGACGACGGGAAAGUGGCCACGUACAUCCUGGCAUUCACGCUGGACGGCCGAAUUCUGCUGCCCGAGACCAAGAUCGGAGACGUCAAGUACGAAGGGCUGGAGUUCAUUUAAAGAUUCGGGGGGGGGUUUGUGGGUUUAAGUUUUUCCUUUUCUGUCAUAAGAUUCCUUGAAGUAACGUAACUAAUUGGUACCUGCUAGAGAAGGUGGGACUGGAGUUGCUAACAGCAUAUCCAGACAGUAACCACCUUUGUCAGUGCCUGUGGCUUAGCAGACUGGACCGGCUAAACCAACGCAGAAUGUCCCGAAGUGGUGUUAGCCUUCUAAAGACGAUUACUCCCCAUCCCUCAACGCACUGCAAUGAAGGACAACAGCUGAACACUUUACCUUUUGACCCUUUUAUAGGAAGAUCGAUUACAAUAGUUUAUAUAAAUCUACAUAAAAAAAUAUGACUUUUAUAUCAUACCCGUCCUAAGACUGGUGGAGGGAUUGGCACACGUUACCAUUGCCUCUUGGUAAUAACAUACUAUUGCAAUUUCACAAGCCUCCAGGUGCUUUACAAGCUAAUGGUAACAUGCAUUAACUUCAGGGGUUAUAUAUCUCACUAAUAUUACAUCAGAAAUGAUUGCCACACUUGGGGAGGCAGAAGCAGGAUGGGUUUAUUCAGCAGAGCCCACUGGCUUGAAACAUGCUGUAGUUUUUAAGCACUGUGGCUGGUAUGUACGUUCAGAGUGAUGGAUUAUCAUGUGAAAUACUCUAUUGAAGGACAGUCUUUGUCUGGCACAACACAUUCACAAGCCACGAAGGUCAUUUCCUGCCAAUUUUAAUUUAUCUUAUUCCCUUUUAAUAAAGUUUUAGCUCCA